AUGUCACCACAAGUCGACAUCUGGGCGCCCUCCGCUGGCGGACUGGGCCGCAUUCACCGGCAACAGGCGCCAGCGAGGGCGCAAAGCACCCCGUGUGUUGCGUCGUUGCGCCGCACGGCCGCUUCCGCGCAUCAGCGAGGCUCACUCGCUGCCAGAUCGCAUCACAUAGCUCAAUGCCAGCUGAGGAGAGCAGUCGCGAGAGCUGCGCGGGACGACGGCCCGGAGCUCGCGUCCCUUGGCGACGGCAAGACCUACCACCGCGCGGACCUCCAAGUCGUGCUCGUCCACCCCCAGAUCCCGCAGAACGCGGGCAACGUGGCGCGGACCUGCGCCGCGACCUCCGUCGCGCUGCACCUCGUCGGUCCGCUGGGGUUCGACCUGUCUGACAAGAACCUGAAACGCGCGGGGCUGGACUACUGGCCGUACGUCGCCGUGGCCGUGUGGGAGGACUGGGACGCCUUCUACCGACACUGGACGGAGCUCCCGGAGGAGCCGCGCAGGCUGAUCGCCUUCACGAAGUUCGCGCGGCACCCGCACUGCGCCCCUGCGUUCCGAUACGAGAAGGGCGACUGGCUCUUGUUCGGCGCGGAGACCUCGGGGCUCCCGGAGGCCGCGCACGAGGCUGCGCGGCAGCACGGCGCGGAGGUGCGCAUCCCGAUGGUCGAGCGGCACGUGCGGAGCAUCAACCUGGCCGUGUCCGUGGGCGUGGGCCUGUACGAGGCCGUGCGGCAGCUGGACGAGCAAGCGGGCAUCGUCACCGACGCGUACACGCUGCCGGAGGGGCCAGAGGCCACGAUCGCAGCGCGCGCGCAGCCUGCUGCCGCCGCCUCCGGGGACGCCUGA